CUACUGGGUAGGGGUAAGGAUCGCUUAGUGUGGGAAAAAAUCACACUGUCAAGGCCGUCGGAGAACAGCACACUGAUCCUGGGGCUAUCCAACGACAGGGACCUUCAGAACCGGUUCUAUUAUAAAUAUUUUCCCUUUAUUGCGAGGAAAAAGCAGAGAGCGACCUCAUACAAUAACUUUGAUAAGAUACUUCUUACGCGGAAGGUCCGAAUUUGGAGAGGAUGAAAGAAUUAUCACUUCUCUCAAAGAAUAUGAUUCUGUUUGCUCUACUGGCGGUGAUUGCCUCUGCGUCCAAGCUGAAUGUACCGCGACUACGGCUGUCCUACAAAGAUCUUCUGGCCACAAACCGCUCUUCUAUCUUCAGUGGUCACCACGGGCUCCUCAGUUUGACCUCCGUUUUCUUGGAUGAGUACCAUGACAGGCUGUUUCUGGGAGGCAAAGAUGUGCUGUAUUCCCUGCGUUUGGACCAUACCCACUCAGACUCCAAAGAGAUCUAUUGGCCUCCAUUGCCUGGGAACAGGGAGGAGUGCGUGCUCAAGGGCAAGGAUCCCCAGAGCGAGUGUGCCAACUACGUCCGCCUGGUGCAGCCCUACAACCGCACCCACCUGCUGGCCUGUGGCACCGGAGCCUUCCAGCCCCUGUGCGCCUUCAUCAACGUGGGCCACAGAGGGGAGCAUGUGUUCUCAAUGGACCCAACCAACGUGGAGAACGGGCGGGGGAAAUGCCCUCAUGACCCCAGCCAACCCUUCGCCAGCACCUUCGUUGGUGGAGAGCUGUACACGGGCCUGACUGCUGACUUUCUGGGGCGUGAUGCUGUGGUGUUCCGCAGCCUUGGCAGUCGCUCCACCAUGAGGACCGAGACUGACCAGCGCCUGCUGCACGACCCAAAGUUUGUGGCAGCCCACCUCAUCCCUGACAACGAUGACCAUGACAAUGACAAAGUGUACUUCUUCUUCACGGAGAAGGCCAUGGAAGCAGGCGACGGCACGGGGGCCAUUCACAGCAGAAUAGGCCGUGUGUGCGCGAACGAUGCGGGAGGGCAGCGGGUCCUGGUGAACAAGUGGAGCACCUUCAUCAAAGCCAGGCUGGUGUGUUCUGUACCGGGACCCCACGGCAUCGACACACACUUCGACGAGCUGGAGGAUGUGUUCCUGUUGCGGACCAAGGACGAGAAGAACCCAGACGUGUACGCCAUUUUCAGCACUAUCAGUAACGUGUUCCAGGGGUUUGCGGUGUGUGUGUAUCGCAUGGCAGACAUCCGUGAGGCCUUCAACGGGCCCUUUGCACACAAGGAGGGGCCCGACUACCAGUGGGCUGCCUACGAGGGCCGGGUCCCCUACCCAAGACCUGGGGUGUGUCCCAGUAAGAUCAUCAACCAGCCGGGGCGGCAGUUCGCCAGCACCAAGGACUUCCCGGACUCGGUGCUGCAGUUCGCCCGCAGCCACCCCCUGAUGUGGCGCCAGGUGUACCCUGCCAUGCGGCAGCCCGUCCUGGUCAAGACCAACGUGGACUACCGGCUGCGGCAGAUCGUGGUGGACCGCGUGCAGGCUGAGGACGGGCAGUACGACGUCAUGUUCAUCGGCACCGACAUUGGCACAGUGCUGAAGGUCAUCGCCCUGCGCAGUGGUAACUCCCUGGACACGGAGGAGGUCACGCUGGAGGAGCUGCAGAUAUUCAAGGUACCAACUCCCAUCACGUCAUUGGAUAUAUCAGUAAAGCGGCAAGCGCUGUACGUGGGCUCUCCGGUGGGCGUGGCCCAGCUCCGGCUGCACCGCUGCGAGACGUAUGGCAAGGCCUGCGCCGAGUGCUGCCUGGCCCGGGACCCCUACUGCGCCUGGGACGGCACCUCCUGCACCCGCUACGUCCCCCACAGCAAGCGCCGCUACCGUCGCCAGGACAUCCUCCACGGCAACCCCGCCCUGCAGUGCGUCGACCAGAACCUCAGCGUAGAGGAGCUGGACACCAGCGAGGACAGGGUCGUGUACGGCACGGAGAACAACAGCACCUUCCUGGAGUGUGUCCCCCGCUCUCCCCAGGCCACCGUCACCUGGCUGGUGCAGAGGGAGGAGCGCAAGGAGGAGGUGAAGACGGACGAGCGGGUGAUGCGGACGGAGCAGGGCCUCUUGUUCCGCAGGCUGUUCCGGCAGGACGAGGGGGUGUACGUCUGCCGCUCCCGGGAGCACGGCUUCUCCCAGACGCUCGCUCGCGUUUCCCUGCAGGUCCUGCAGGGGGAGACACUGGGCGAGCUGCUGGCCCGCGAGGAGGGGGGGUCGGAGUUCGCGGCCAAAGACAGGGCCGGGUACAAGGCGGGGCCCUCCUGCCACGGCCACAGGGGCCCCGGCAUCCCCGGCCACAGCCGGUCCUGGUUCAAGGACAUCAUGCAGCUGAUCGGGCCCUCCAACCUGCCGCACGUGGAGGAGUACUGUGAGCGCGUGUGGUGCAGUGACAAGCUCCGCCGUAAACACAAAACCAUGAUGGACAAGUACCGCCUGGCCCAGGAGAGCGCCCGCAAGGCCCGGAGCAAGGUGUCCGGAGAGAGGAACCGGACCCCGCGAGACCUCCGCGCUCGGGAGUGACCGGAGAGCGGGGGCGAGAGAUGAAAAGACUGCGCUGCCGUGUAAUAUAAGAACGCAGAGACGCAGGAGAGAGGACUGUGCUGGGGACUACUGGAGUGGAGUGUAUCUGACCCUAUAUCUGAGUCUCCAGGAUACUCACUUUUGAUGCAGUUACAUGGUUCUGCAGUAAGCCCAGCUCCCCGCAGUGCCCUUUGACCCUGCCUGCCCGGACCUGUGCCCUCUGUUCGUCUCUGAGCUGCAUGACUUGUAUGAUGCUGUAAAUACGGGCUGGGUGGUAGUGCCCUUCUUCAUGUACCCAGAGUCACACCUGCCCAGCCCAGCACCCCACCCCACCCCACGUCCCCUGGUUUCCCACAGCUGACUCACAGUGUUGACGGUGACCCCCCGCCGUCCCAUCCCACGCCUGCGUUUGUCACCCUGUACCCCUUUCACCAUGGCGUCUCACACAGUGAACUCUUUCACCGCGUUCAGACCCCAGCCCCCGCCCCCCACUGCGCCCCACCCUCCCAGUCCUGCGGGGAAUUAAAAAGACAAACAAAAGAAGGUUGCUUCACUUAAGGAAACGGACUCAAGCUGCUCUCCAGACUGCGUCACAUGUACUGAAUGUGGAACUGAAUUACUUAACAGGAGUUGUGUGUGGUGAGAUUCUGUCCUCGAAUUAAAAGUAAAUGUUUUUUUUAGAAUCAUCGGAAUUCCAGCUCCCACAAUCCCUUUGUCCGCUGUAGCACGCCUGACAUAUAAUAAAAAAGGGGGGAAUGUUCCAGUUUGCUUUGUAAACACUACUUCAUUAUUUAAAUGGAGGAUUACUGUGAUGUUGUCUUUGCUGUUCAACUAUAAUCCUUUUAGUGACAAACCACAAAGCCCUCCCUGUGGAGAAGGCUCGAGUAAUGGCGGACAGGGUCCAGUUUCUCACUCCCUCUCUCCCUCACUUCUGCUCACAGAGGGACAGAGGAUGGAUGAAGAGGUGGCUUGGGGGACACAGCCACUCGUGCCAAAGCAAACACCACACCAAGCCACUCCCGCCGCUUUUUAAUAAAACACUCCCAGUCCUCCAGAAUACAACCGUCAUGACCGUUUUCAAAUGUCCCAUGACAUACUUCCCCCUCAUGUGUGCAGUGGUUCUGCUUUAACACCAUAAACAGUACAGUUCUCACACUGUGUUUGCUUUCAGAGGAGGCCUGGGGUAAUUACCAUGACAACUUACAAGAUAAGCAGUCCAAAUAUUGCCAUUGGUCCAGUCGGUGUGUAAUGGCAGUGACUCAGUAAGACCGCUAAAUGAGCGGGAUAAGUGGUGGUUUAUCGUACACACACAUUAUGUAAUGUGUAGUGUGAACAGACAAGCCGAGGAUAACCAGUCCAACUUACAGAUUUUGUAUCUGGAAAUUUUACAUCAGACUCAGACAGUCAAUUUAAUUUCAAGCCAGUGGGUCCAGGAGCAUAAGUAAUAUUGAAUCUUGUAGGACAUGAUGGGAUAAUUCAUGAAGUGAAUUUUGUGUAAAUGGAAUUGACCACAGUUCUGUCCAAGACAGAGAAAGCUAUUGUACGAGGCCUUGACUACUCACCAUUUGCUGCCAGGAUAUUUGAAUGCAAAGCAUGUGGUGUAAACCCCAUUCUGACAAGCGCUGAAGCAGCCUCAGCCUUCCUGUCUGUAAGUUAGAUUUUCUUACUCUGUAAAAUAGCUGUAAAUGUCAUGUGGGAAUUGAACAGUAUUCAUUUCCUUGCAUGUGAGGUCCUGCCAUAAGACUGUCGUCAAAAAUUGUAACUGUAGUGUGCUAACAUCAUUUAUGAGUCUGCACAAUGUGCUGUGUGUAUUGUGUGUCUUUGUUUAUUUUAUUUUAUUUUUUUGUGGUUGUCUAUUGAGUAGAGUCUGGGUGUUAGUGGAUACGAGUCUGUAUGUAACAGUUAUGGAGCAAUGAGUAUAAUUUAAUGCGUAAUGUAUUUGUGUUUUAUUUAAGGACCUGUUGUCGUGCAUGCCAUGUCAAUUUGUGUUUCUCUUUCUGUUGUCGUCUUUUAGCGGUUUCAAACAAGCAAUUAAAAUCUAAAAGGGUUUUUUUUUUUUUUUUUGUUAAUGCGGCUCAGAAGUUUAGUCUUUUUUUGGCAUGUGUGCCGUGCCUUUGAAGUUACACAGCCCCGCUGCGUCUUUGUGAGAGCUGCGUAAAAAGCCCAGCCAAAGCAGCGAGAGCGUUGGCCGGUGUAAUGGAACAGGGCUGGUGCUGACACGGAGAGACGACCGCUGAUCAGGAACAGGGAUUCCGAGCUCGCGAGACGUCUUUCAUCCUCACAGAGGAUCGAUCCCGCGUUCCCACGCCUGCCGUCAGCGUCGGCCCGUCUCUCUGCGCUCUGAACCGAGCUUUUUCAAACGAUAUCCCGUUUCUGAAAUAAACUGAAGAAUGGAACAAAAGUCAUGUCUUUUCUGCUAGGUGAAGUGUAAAUUUCCAUGUGUCUGCAAAAGUGCUUGCCUUGGGCUUUUAAGAGGAAUAAAGGCUGAAAGUAAUAACCAUAAAACCAGUCCUCAAUACCGUGUUAACGGGAUUUAUUCAACCAACUGGAAGCACACUUUAAAAUGCACAUUACAUUUUGAUCCAGUGGACAGAUGCUACCAACAGAUGGUAGCAUAAUUGUAGAUCAUAAUUGUAAAGUUCACAAUAACAUUUUUGUGAUGUCAAAGUAAGGUAAUUAUUGGAAAGGAUAUGUAUAUGAAUAAGUGCAGUGAUCGGCAGGACUACUACACUGUAAUUGCAUUGCAGUAAUAUUCUGGUAAUUUCAUCAUAUUACAUGGCUGGGCUUACUGUAUAGAUGUAUUUGACUACACAUCAUCUCAUUAACCUUAUUCUUACCUCAUUACUGAACCCUUCUGCCAAACAACAGACCUCUGUCUCCUUAUCAUGUCACAAUUCCCUGCUCCAAACAGCUGUGUAAUUACACAUGACCUCAGUGGUCCCACACUUCAUAUUAUGCAUAUAUUGUCCAUUUCAUUUUAAUUAAAAUAUUAUGUUCAAUGAAGGUGAAAGUCAUUUACAAUUGGUUGUGCCACUAUUGCUUUAUAAAGUAUUUACUUUACAUGUCUUAAUAAUAUUGCUCCCCAUUAAAUUAAACCAAACAUAAUGACAGUUUGGAUAUCUAUGAUGAACACAAUUACUUCUCACAUACUUGAGUCAAUGGUGUCAGUGGUGGUACUUACUAAUCCACUAAGAACUGUGUCUCAGAGCUACCUGUUUUGUGGUGGGAAAUUGAUUAAUCCCCCUGUUCAUGUAGGGGAAAAAACUCAUUUUCCACUGCAUAGCUCAUCUAUCAUACUGUAAUAAAAACAUGGAAAAUCAGUGAGGGAGCGUGAGAGGCAACCGAAGCAAACACACAGCCAUGUAGGUAUUACCAUACGGCAUUAAAACAACGUAUUAAAAUACAAUACAUAAAAUAAUGCAUUAUAAAACUGUAGAAGGACUUGGCGUAGAUGCAGGUUAGUGCUUGACCCAAACACUCGCACCACCCUGAGAGCAGCAUUGUAUAAAGAGUGACAUUGCUUCCAACUGAAAAUGACCCCUUGAUCUUGCUUUCAUUAAGACUGUGAAUUCUUUCAUUUGCUUUUACUCCCCAGGAAUUAUAUUGACUUAUAAACUCUAAUUGGAUGCAAGCUUUGUACAAUAAACCACGACUCUGAAGCUCCAAAGUACACACAGCAUUUAAAAAAUAAACUAAAUCAUGCACCCCUUAUACUGUGGGAUUUAGCUUUUGUUUGGUUUUAAUUAAAGGAUUGAACUGAUGAUUAUUUUCAUUACACAUUUAUUAACAUGAUUUAUUUGGUCACUGGGUUUUUGUUUUGAUUUUGUGCAAUUGAAUUUUCAUAAAUCUUUUAUAGAUUUUGCUAGCUUAACCUUUCGGCCAUGAAAUGUAUAUUAUUCAUGGGAGUUAAUUAGGUAAUGGCAUUUAACGUAAAAAGAAAAUACUUUCAUGCCAUUUCUACUUUAUUGCUUUUGUUAUCUUCUUAAAUAGUAUAGUAUUGUAUAGUAUUUCAUUUAUUUGUAUGCAUGCAUGACUUUAUUAGCUAUGUAUUGGACUUGUUCUUGAUGUACCAUAAAAAUGACACUGGGAAUUAA